AUGCACAUCGUGCACACUGGACAACUUAAGCUGCCUCCCGGGACCCAGCAAGCGGUGCCAGCCACCGAGGCUGUCGCCGCCAGCACUGCGGCGGCAGCGGCGACGGCGGAAGCGGCAGCAGCAGAGGCGGCAGCUCAGGAGCAACAGCCUGAGGAUGGGGCAGAGCAGCUCGCGCAGGAGGAGGAGGGGCUCCUCCAGCCCACCCAGGAGGAGGAGAUGGAGGAGCCUGAGCAGCCCACGCAGGAGCAGGAGGCGCCUGAGCAAACCGAGGCACAGGAGCCUCCAGAACAGCCAAUCAACCCAGCAGCAGUAGCGCAGGAUCAGCCGGCAGCAGAGAAUAGCGGAGGGCCUAAUGAUGUGGACCUGAGAACCACAGAGUGCAUGAAGUUGGGCGUCAAGUAUGCCGAGAAGCUCAAGAAGGAGGGGCGGAGCGUGUAUGACAAUGAGUGGAACAGGCAGUUUACAUCGCCCAUCUCCAAGGGUCUGCCCCGCGCCUUCCUGGAUUUUGCACAGUGGUCGGGUACCGACAAAGUCACCGAUCACGCCUACCACUACGCUUACACGCGCUACCUCUCCCACGUCCGUUUCACUGACCUGCGCAUGCUGGAGAUUGGGCUGGGCUGCGAUAUGGGCUACGGUCCUGGCGCCAGCCUCAAACUCUGGCAUGCCUUCCUGCCGUGCGCCAAGAUAUCGUUUGUGGAGUAUGACCGGGAAUGCGCUGUGAAAUGGAAAGACUCCGUGAAAAAAGAGGCUGGCGGCAAGCUGUACAUCGGCAACUUUGACAUGAUUGUGGAUGACGGCAGCCAUGAUCCCGGCCAUCAGUUGGCAACACUCACAGCGUUGUGGCCCACCAUCGAGCCUGGGGGCAUCUACGUCAUAGAGGAUUUGCAUAAUCACUUUGGGAGGCCCUUGGGCGACGAUGACGACCCCCCGGCGCCCAUCUCGCUAUAUAUGCAACUGAUUCACUUUGUGAACUGCCGAACUGGGGUCUUCUACUUGCUUCAUCAUAGCAGGAAGCAGUGGUGCCGGAACGAGGCUCAAAACUCUGUGUUCAACGACGUGAUUGCCGUGGACUGCUCACCUGAACUGUGCGUGAUGGUGAAGGGCGGCCCUGCGCAACUGCCCGAGCCAGAUCAGGAGGAGCUGGAGUAUGAGGCCAAUUUGAAGAAGGCGGAGGCAGCAGCAGCCAAGGGGAUGUGA